AUGGCUGGGUUUACAGAGACAGCCCUCCAGAAGAAACUGGAAGACUUGAACGAGUCCCAGCAAAGCAUACAAACUCUUUCCCUCUGGCUCAUUCAUCACCGGAAGCAUUUCCAGCUUAUUGUGAAGACCUGGUUCAGGGAAAUGAGUAAAGGAAAUGAACUUCAGAAGCUCACUCUUAUGUAUUUGGCAAACGAUGUUAUUCAAAAUAGCAAGAAAAAAGGUCCAGAAUACACCAAAGAAUUUGCUCCUGCUUUAAAAAAAGCUUUUAGGCUAUUAGGCAACAUGAAAUGUAGUGAAAAAACAGUGAGUAAACUAGAAAGAAUUUUGCAAAUAUGGGAAGAAAGAAACGUAUAUGAUAAAAAACUUGUUGAAGAAUAUAAGAAAAUCUAUCAUAAGAAAGAAAAUGACAUUGUGGAAGAAACUGCACCUCCAGCAAAGAAAGUAAAAGUACAACCAAAAUCUCCUAAACCUGAAAGAAAGAUCUCAGAAGUUGAAAUAGAUGGCAAAAAGGAAGUUCAUGUUCGACUAUCACCAGUUUUGCAGGCAGGUGACCCACCAGAGCCAGAAGAACUCAUCAGAGCUUUAAUGGAUCUUGAAAACUCUGCUUCUGUGGAUGUGGCUGUACGAGAAAAAAUUUCUAAACUACCUCCAGAUGUAUCUGAAGUUAAACUUCUUUCAAAGUUGGAGGACAAAGAAGCAGCAUUGAAACUUGCCGAAAGAGUUAAUUCUGCAGUGGAACUGCUCACAGACUACAAUAAUAGGUUAGCUCACGAAAUGGAGGAAAGGCGGAGGGUAAUGCAGAUGCUGAGGGACUAUACCGUUUUGCAAAAGCAGCUCCUCCAACAGGCUGAGACCAGACUUGAGGAGUAUAAAGAUAAGUUAAUAAAGGUGGAGCAGGUGAGGCAUGAAGUGUUAUCCCAUCUCUCUAACCUCCCAGAUCUCCGAAAGCUCCCCGACGUGACGUCUGGCAGGCUUGCACCUUUACCUUCAGCCGGCGACCUCUUCAACGUUAUAUCAUAG